UGGAAACGUAAGAUCCCGAUGAUGGUCUGUCACAUCGUCUGAGCGGAGAAACAGAGCUGAAAAUACCGCUGAAAAUACUACUCCGACGUCGGAGUUAGGGAUAUUAUUUCCAGUCAGUAAUCGUUUUAUUUUCGAGUGCUUUCUGGUGGAAAACGACGAGAAGGAAGAGAAACCCCCCAAAGGAAAUGCCAAUCGCAGCCACUGGUCAACCAGCGACUCAAGAGCCUCGCGUUUGUUCCCAGCUCCCCAACACCCCGGAUCCCAUUCCGAAACGGGCUAAUUUAUGUGAGGACACGGGAGCUCAGGCGCAAGAGCACGCAGCAUACGGGGGUCCGGAGGGGGGCAGGGGAGCCGAGAGCUGCAGCCAGAGCGGCGCUAGGGUUUCUGUAGUGCUCGGAGCCUCUUCGGCGACGCAUUCUCCUCCCACGUCCUCCCCCCUUACCUCCCCGUUCCUCAGCCACCCCCACCCGAUGGCCAUGGAGCCCCCGAGGACUCGAUCGCGGUCGCGGUCUGGAUUUUAUCAGUACGGCGCGAACGGUGGACCUAACGGCAACAGCGCGGGAAGUGGCGGGGCUUUGAAUUCUCUCGGCGGGGUCGGAGCCAACCUCCCGCCGCAACAGCAGCAAAACUCCGGAUGCGUGCCGCUCGGGGCACACGGACACACGGAAAACCUACGCCCGCCUGGAACCAUCCUUUCCCCCGGUAGCCACAGACACUCCGGGCCCGGAGCGCACAGGAACUCCGGAGCAGGGGCAAUGGGAGGAGUAUAUCACUGUCACUCGGAGCUGGCCUGCGCGGACUCCUCUGAUAAGACGGAGGACUCGCCCAGCCCUAAGCGCCAGCGUCUCUCCCAGCAGUCUGUGCUGGAGCUCGCCUCAGCCCCGCCUUCCACACCCUCUCCACCAAUCAGACCAUGGGAGCUCCCACCGAGCCGAAGACCCCACCCCUAUCCCCAUUCACAUUACCACUCAGAACGCUGUCACACGCCUGCAAGACACAGACGCAGCCCCCCUGUGCGUCGCCAGCGUGGUCGUCGCGAGCGGCUGCCCCGACACCACCCACCCCAUCACGGCUCCCCUGGAGCGGGCGGAACCGGAGGCCAGGACGAGAACUACCACCACCCGCCCCGGCCUCAUGCGCUCCACCCGUACGGCCAGACGCCCGCACACCCGCCCGCCAGCCUGGACGAGCCGCGUGCUUUCCACCCUCCCGCGCUCUCACCCCGCCUGCUGCACCACCCGCAGCAGCAGGGCACUGUGGUGAUGGACCUCCAUGAGCAGCUCCCUCAGGGUACAGUCCCGGUAUCGUACACUGUGGCCCCUGUGCCACCUCAUGGCCUCCCUGCUCCUCUCUGUACGGGACAACAUCUUCCAGCAUGCUCCUCCCAGCAGCAGGUGCCUCCCUGCUCUGUGGUCUUCAGCGGCCAGCAACACUACCCCGUCUGCAGCGUCCCGCCUCCGAUGUUGCCUGCGUGUUCGGUGCAGCACUUGCCUGUCCCGUAUGCCUUUCCGUCUCUGCUUUCCAGUGACCCUGCCUUCCUGCUGCACCCUCCCCACCUCUCGCACCAUCCGGCCCACCUGCCCCCGCCCGGCCAGUUCCUGCCCUUCCAAACACAACAGUCCCGAUCGCCACUGCAGAGGAUUGAGAACGAGGUGGAACUUUUGGGGGAUCACCUGUCUGUGGGGGGCAGCUUCAACUACCCCCACUCGGGCCACCCCAGCUCUCUGCCCCCCUCCACACCACUGCAAUUCCUCUCCCACGACCCCCUGCCCCAAGAGCUCUUCGGUGUGCCGUAUCCUCACUUCAUGCCUCGACGAAUCACAGGCCGGCGCUAUCGUUCCCAGCAGGCUGUGGCCCCACCCCCUUACCACCCCAGCCUCCUGCCGUACUUCCUAUCUGUUCUUCCAGUGCAACCAACAGCAGUGGGGCCUGCCAUCAGCCUAGAGCUGGAUGUAGAUGAUGGGGAAGUGGAGAACUAUGAGGCCCUGUUGAACCUAGCAGAGCGUCUUGGGGAGGCCAAACCACGUGGUCUCACUAAAGCAGAUAUAGAACAGCUGCCUUCCUACAGAUUCAACCCCAGCAACCACCAGUCUGAGCAGACUCUGUGUGUGGUGUGUAUGUGUGACUUUGAGUCUCGACAGCUACUGCGAGUCCUGCCCUGCAAUCAUGAAUUCCACGCCAAGUGUGUUGACAAAUGGCUGAAGGCUAACAGAACCUGCCCUAUCUGCCGAGCAGACGCCUCUGAAGUCCAGCGGGAUUCCGAGUGACCAUUGCAGCCCGUUUUUCUCUCCCUCUCACACUCUCUCACACACACGCGCGCGCGCGCACACACACACACACACACACACACACACACACACACACUGCUUUUGUCUAUCGGAGUGUGCCUGGGUGAUGUGCAGGCCACAAGACUUUCCCCACUUUCUCAACACACUGGACUUACCAGCCCAUCUUGCUGUAACCUUUUGAUGAACAUCUUUAUAUACACACGUGCGCACACCACACACACACACACACACAAUGUGCAUGCAGCAGUGUGUGGACACCCUCGACUGCAAAGGUUCUGUGACAAGCUUCCUUUUGCACUGUGCUCAGCAUCACGUUUUGACGUUCUGACACUGCAGCAAGCACAGAUGUGCGUGAACAUGCUCUCUCUCUCUCUCGCUCACACACACGCGCGCGCGCGCGCGCACACACACACACACACAUACAUGCACGGUCAUGUAUGUCUCCGGUUAUUUUGGUAACUAACCCCACGAGUCCAAAGAUUACGGUUGGGAUGACUAUUCUCGUUCCGAUUUCUGAUUUUGUUUCUGUUCAGACAACUCCACUACUGCCAUUCCUUUUGAGUUUAGUUUGAUCAUUUGUGUGUUUGGUUUUUGAGGUGGGUACAGUGCGGAUGCUGUCGUGUGUGUGUGUGUGUGUGUGUGUGUGUGUGUGUGUGUGUGUGUGUGUGUGUGUGUGUGUGUGUGUGUGUGUGUGUGUGUGUGUGUGUGUGUGUGUGUGUGUGUGUGUACUAACAUUCCCAAGCAUGUGAGCACACCACAGGGUGACCGUAGCUUGUAAGAGGCAGUGGACAUUGUGUGCAUGUACUUUUUAUACUCUACCAAUAAGAAAUAUAUAUGUAUGUAUCAAUAUAGAGGGACAGAGUAACACAGUUCAUGUUUAAAUCUUUUAUUUUUUUUCCCCCCAAAAAUGAGGAAAAAUGGCAAAUUGUGUCUAUAUAUUAAUGUUUUGGGUUUUUUUGUCUUUUCUUUAGGUUAUUUUUUUGCUUUUCCUUUUAAUCUUUUGGGGUGGGUUUUGCUCAGUUAUGAUCUAGUAGUCUUAUAGAAUUGGAAUACUGUGAGGUGUGUGUGUGUGUGUGUGUGUGUGUGUGCGCACGCGAGAGUGAGUGAGGGUGCAUGUAUGUUGGCACGUCAUUGGUUACUUGUGUGUUAUUUAUCCUGUAUGUGUGGUGCAGAACACUGGCUUACUGCUCUCAUUUCUUGACUGAUUGGUUAUGUAUCCUCACUAACAUGGCAUGUGAUUGGUCAGGAGGUGCAGUGGGCAUGGUUAAAUGUAGCACACCAUUCCCCCCCCCCCAUUGGAUUAAUUUUCCUCUUCUCUCUUGCCGCAACACGGCUACAUUCUCACGUUUUGUCUUUAUCGGUUAAGUUCCCCCUCAUAUAUCUGUCCUGGACAAUAAAAACAAUGAGGUAGUCUUCCUUCUUUAGUUGUUAUUGUUAGUUGUUGUUGUUGCUGUUAUUAUUAUUAUUAUUAUUAUUAUUGUUUAUUAAUAAUGAUAUUAAUAAUAAAGUUCUUCUGUAGUCCUUGCUGGUUCCAGGUAGUUCAGUCGCGCGGAGACUAGGGUGGACUUUCAAAGUAUCAGGCUGUCCUCAGUGGUGUUUGUUCUGAAAGCAGUUUUCCUCACAUCUCAUGCUCAAAUUCAGGAGUUGUACACCUUCUGGGCCCCACACCCAGUCAUUGUUUAGCACAUGAUCACUGAUUACCCCCCCCCCCUUCACUCAGCGAGGAGUUUCUGCUUUUGCUUUAAGGUAGCUGCGAUGUGUUUGGUAUCAGGGAGCACAUGGGGGGUGGGGGUUAGUGUUUGGCCACGGGUCACAGCACAUGGGUGGAACUGAUUAUAGUUAUCAUUAACCUUUAAAAAAAUUAAAAAAUAAAAAUUAAGCCUGCGACGCGUGCAAACAGUAUGCAGAAUUAAAGGGACACGCAGCUCCGAGUGGAGGGCUCGGGCCUCUUCUCUGACGGUGGGGGGGCGUCCAGUGAACAGGUGGCUAGAUUUUUUUCCUUUUCUCCCCCCUCCUUUUUUCUUUCUUGCAGGUUUCCCCUGACUGUCCCGCUCUGGCAAAAACGGACUAAAGUCCUCAUAAGCAUCGCCGUAACCAUUUGCAGCGUAGUAAAGGGUUCAGUGGUCAGAAGUGCCGCCGUGCCGCGCAGAGUCGCGAGGCGUUCGUAGCAUCGGCUCCGAAACCCAUAGUGUCUUAACAGCAGAUGCCUUUCCGCCAUUCUCCGGUGUCAUAUGUCGUGUCUGUGACCGCCGCCGAGUCCUGAGAUGCUCCCCUCAUGUUCCCAUUGGUCAGUUUGUUCUUUCAGCAAGCAUAUUACAUUACUAAACCAACAACUUUUUAAUUUUCAUUUUUAUUUUUGCCCUCCUGCUUGGUACAAUGGCAGUUACCUCAUUUUUACUAUUUAUGGUGUUCAUGCCCCCCCCCCCUUAUUUUUCUCUAAACGAAUGAGUUUGAGUUUGUUUGUUUGUUUUUUUAUGGGUUUUAAUUUGUUUUCCAUUAAAAAUACAAUUGUAUCAUUUAACAUGAUGUAGUUUCAUAUGUAUAAUAUCUGUAACCAGAUCAUUUGAAGGCUUGAUAUAAAAAUUUUUAACAAACAUUUGUACAUUUUUUUUAUGAGAGUUAUUACUAGUAACGUUUUACUAAGUAGUGCAAUGACUUUGUUUUAGUUUUGUUUACCACCUCUGAGCCCUAUUCCCAGUCUUUGGGAUUUCAGAGGGGGACUCGGUAAUAAAUAUAUAGUGUUCUCUUCCA